AUGGUAAACCCGAAAUAUAAUAAGAAAAAGUGGCGAGAACGUGAACAAGCCAUCAGUCUGAAGGAUAUGCAUGCUGAUUACCGAACCAUUGCUAGAGAAGAAGCAAGAUCUGCCAGGAUUGGCUUGAUAGAAGAUUUGAAUGAGGCUACCAAGGGGAAGAGUGAGGCUCUGUAG